UCCGCCGGUACUUCCGGAUUAUGAAAGCAUGACGAAGAAGUCUUGUACAAGCACCAAACAAGCCAACAGAUGGGCAUCACAUUAGUUUGAUGGCUCUUGUAGUACAUCGACUUGGUAUAGGAACUUCACGUCUUCUCAGCCUAGGUGUGCCCGCAUUUAGGCUCCUUACAUCAGUUGGGAUGGAUGACAUGGGUCUGGCCAUGAGUCGUUCUUCGCUAGAGCGGCUCGACUUUGACAAUGUCGCCCUGAAGAAACUUCCGCUGGACACUAGUGAGGAAGAUGGCGUGCGGCAGGUGAAGGGAGCAUGUUUCUCCCGGGUCAUGCCGCAGCCGCUGACCAAGCCUCGCUUUGUGGCGGUGUCUCAUGGGGCUCUAGCCCUGUUGGGGCUCAAUGGGGACGAGGUCAUAGACGACCCGAUUGGGGCGGACUAUCUCAGUGGCUCCAAAGUAAUGCCUGGAUCCGAGCCCGCUGCGCAUUGCUACUGCGGCCACCAGUUCGGGCAGUUCGCCGGCCAGCUGGGUGAUGGGGCCGCCUGCUAUCUGGGGGAGGUCAGGGUGCCACCCAACCAAGACCCCAGACUGCUGCAGGAAAACCCGAGCGGCCGAUGGGAGAUUCAAGUUAAGGGAGCUGGCCUCACACCUUAUUCCAGACAGGCUGAUGGUCGCAAGGUUCUCCGCUCCAGUAUUAGAGAGUUCCUUUGCAGCGAGGCAAUGCACUUCCUUGGUGUCCCCACCACGAGAGCAGGCUCUGUUGUAACAUCAGACAGUCGAGUCAUCAGGGAUGUCUACUAUAGUGGACACCCUCGUCAUGAGAGAUGCUCUGUGGUCCUCCGGAUUGCACCGACCUUUAUCAGGUUUGGUUCUUUUGAGAUAUUUAAGCAGGCAGAUGAGUUCACAGGCCGUCAGGGUCCUAGCUAUGGGCAUGAUGAGCUCCGAGGUCAGAUGUUGGAUUAUGUCAUUGAGAUGUUCUACCCUGAGAUCCAGCAGCAGCACUCGGACCGAGUGGAGAGGAAUGUGUCUUUCUUCAGAGAGGUGAUGAGACGGACGGCUCGACUCGUAGCUCAGUGGCAGUGUGUAGGAUUUUGCCAUGGCGUCCUAAAUACAGACAACAUGAGCAUCCUGGGACUCACACUGGACUAUGGUCCAUAUGGCUUCAUGGAUAGGUUUGAUCCAGAGUUCAUUUGCAAUGCCUCAGACAACUCAGGACGCUACUCCUACCAGGCCCAGCCAGCGAUUUGCCGGUGGAACCUCAUCAAGUUAGCAGAAGCCCUCGAUCCGGAGCUUCCACCUGACCGGGCAAAGGCUAUUAUGGAGGAAUAUUUGGACGUAUAUAACUACGUCUACCUUGAUAAUAUGAGGAAGAAGCUGGGUUUAUUGCAAAAACAGGAACCUGAGGACGAGAUCCUGAUUACAGAGCUGAUGCAAACCAUGCACAACACAGGAGCUGACUUCACCAACACUUUCCGCAGUCUAAGUCAGAUCUCGUGGCCCACGGAGGCAGGAAGUGACACAGAAGAGGACCUUGUCAAAAAAGCUGCAAAGCUGCUAUUGGAACAGUGUGCCUCUUUGGAGGAGCUCAAAGCUGCCAACAAACCCACUAUGGACCCACGAGAGUUGGCGAUGCUGCUAUCCAUGGCGCAGAGUAACCCUGCACUGUUCCAGAUGAUUUCUGAUAGGAUGACAAUAGCGAGGCAGCUUGACCGACUCAGCAAACUGAAGGAACUGAUGGAGACCAGCGAGGAAGAACUUAAAACCAAGCAGACUGAGGAGUGGACCCGCUGGAUCACACGCUAUAUGAAGCGUCUGGUGCAGGAACUGGAGGGCCACAGCGAUGUGCAGGCCGUGCAGGAGGAGAGGGUGAGGGUGAUGGAUGCCACCAACCCACGCGUGGUACUCCGGAACUACAUUGCCCAGAAUGCAAUUGAGGCUGCUGAGAAUGGAGAUUUCUCUGAGGUUCAGCGGGUCCUCAAAGUUCUGGAGAAGCCUUUCUCUUGCCAGCCAGGUCUGGAGGCCCCCGCGUGGGUGGGCCAAGGCGGCGCCAUCCAACAGGGUGAGAGAGACGACGCGGGGGAGGAGGAGCAACAGGAAGAGGCGGCGGCAUCUGCCUCGACAGUCAGAAACCCUGUUCCAUACGACAGCAAACCUCCAGUGUGGUCUCAGGGAAUCUGUGUCACAUGAUCUUCGUAAAUAACUUCCCUGAACUUCAUCACCUGUCCUGCCAAAGUAUGAGGGGAGUUUUAGCAUUUCACUUCCUUUUUUUUUUCCCACAUUUUAUUUUGCUCAUUAUUUGCACAACCUAUAUUUCAUUGUGAUGGGCAGGUGUCAGGGAAGUUGUACUGUGAGAUUCAACACCCCAAUGAGAACAUCAGUGACACAAAGCAGUCAGGAAAUAAGUGGACAUUGGUGUUCCACAUAUAUACGCACUCGUGCUGAUCAAAAUUUUAACACCAGUUGAAAAAUGGCAAGUAUUUACAUUUUGCACUGUUGGAUCUUAAGGAGGUUCUAAGUAGCGCUUCAAAAUGCAAAAAGAAGAAAUGGGAGUGUGGAAAACAAAAGCAAUUUAUUGCAAACAAGCAUUAAAGUAAACUUCCCAUCAACUUGCCAUCCGUCCCCAAAUGUUCUCAAUUGAAUUUAGAUCAGGGGAACACACAGGAUGAAGAGGGAUCUUAGUCCUCUGGAAGAAGUCCUUUGUCAGGCAGGCAUUGUGACGAGGGCCUUCAGUCAUGAGGGAUGCCCCUACCACAUACCUAUCUGCCUUUUGACGCCCCUGCACAACCUGAAGGAAAAGAGCCCAGAUCAUGAUGGCGCCCCCUCCACUGUGCUGUGUGGAAAACAUCUCUUGUGGGGUCUCCGUGUCAUGCCAGUAACGUUGGAAGCCAUCAGGACCGUCAGGGUUCCAUUUUUUUCCUCAUCAGAGAAUAAAAACUUUCUUCCACCUUUCCGUGUCCGAUGUUUGGUGCUCUCAUGCAAAUUCCAAACGGGCAAUUUUGUGGCGUUGAAGGAGACAAGGCUUUUGAAGAUGUUUUUUGUUCUUAAAACCCUUAUCUCACAGAUGCCGUCUGAUGGUUAUUGGACUGCACUCGGCACCGGUAUCAACAUUCAUUUGGGCCGAGGAUUGUCCCGUGUCUUGACCAGCCAAUCAGAUACUCCGGCUGGUGAAAUUUUUUUGCGUCUGCCACUGGACUUUUUUGUUCCAUUACCCUCAGGAUUUUUGGAAAAGUUUUAAAUGACUGUCUUACUUCAUCCAACCUCAGCAGCAAUCGCGCGCUGCAUGGAGCCUUGUUUAUGCAGCUCAACAAUCCCACCGCGUUCAAAGAGCAAAAGAUUUUUUGCCUUUGCCAUCAAGAGGUCAUGACGGUGUGAAUACCUGACACAAAUCAUAUUGAAUCCACAUUUUUAUCAAGAUUUUGGCUUUUAAAGGCUGUAGUCAAACUUUUGAUCAGCUGAUGAACAGCCUAUUUGACUUUCAUGCUUUUUUGCAAUCGCAAUUUCUUACUGAAAGUAUUUUUUUUUAUGUCACUCCUAUUUGAUAUUUUUGCAUUUUGAAACUUGAUGUAGAACCUUCUUAAGAUCCAACAGUGCAAAAUGUAAAUUCUUGCAAUUUUUCAAAUGUUGAGCAGGAGUGCAGGAGCCAACCUUAUUCACUGCCUGUUUUGUGCUUGAUGGCUGUUCAUGACGACUCAGACAACAAGUCUCACGAGGACCCGUCUGAGGCUGAUAAACUUGUGGGUUAGCGCCUCAACGUACACCAAACAGUAUGCAUCUUUUCUAGUCAGCUCAAUUUGUCACAGCAAGUGAUUGCACUUAACGCCGAUCAACAUUAGUAUAUCUACGUACUUGCUCUGUAACACGAUACACAUUGUCAGAGAAAUAUUAUUUUAACAAUAUGUGGUUGAGGUUUGCGUAUGUAUAGAGCGAUAUUUCUAAUAUUUUGCCCCCUUCAUUUAGCUUAUUAUUUAUGACAUGAAGAUGGCACAUGUUCUUUAGAUGCUAACAUAAAAUCUCCAAAUAAAGCCCGUACAGA